CCGCACCAUGUCGGGCUCGGAGUCGGAGCAGGAGCAGGAGCAGUACUCCUCGGCCGAGGAUGACGACUACGUGCCCUCAGGUGCGGAGUACAGCGAGGACGAUGAGAGCGAGCUGGUGCGGGAGGAGGAGCCGGCGGACAGCCCGCGGCCGCCCCGCGGCAGGAGGAGCCCCCGCCGCCCCGCCAGCAGGUACGGCCGCUGCCGCCGGUUCCCGGUGCCGCCGCUGGAACGGGAAACGCUGCUCCGCGCUCCGGUUUAGCCGCGGGAGCAGAGA